GUUCCCACCCCUUCUCAGCUCUUAUAUUCCUUAGAAAAACCAUGGCAGCAGAGCUCUCUCUAGACCAUGCCUACAAAAUCAGGCCAAAACAGAGCAGUCUGGUGAACAAUCUGUUCACGUCCACCUUAAACACUGCAGCAAAAACCCUAGUUUCGGUAUCAUCAAACGUGAGAAUGGAACACCCAGACAAAUGGAGAACUGGAGAUCAUUUAAGGUUCAUGAAGAUGUUAAUGACUUGGAUGAGUGUGUGGGUUCUGAGGUUCUUGAUGGAUCAUUUCCCUUCGGUUAUGGCCUUCUCUCCGCAUCAUCUUUUACUUGGACGCUUCUCUCCUUUUCUUCGGUCCAAUAAUAAUAUGAAUCUGAGGCUGCCUGCAACUUCAGCCACAUCUUCUGGUUCGUCGUUUGAUUUGCUUCUGCAGCAAGAUGAUUUCAAUGGCCCUUCUGUUCAAGCUCUUGGUAGAGCCCUUACCCAUGUUCUUGCAUUGCUGAACGAGAUACCAGCAAGUUCAAGGAAAUACCAAUUUGCAAUGGCAAUGGCUGACAAAAUCAUGGACGGUAACUUCAGAGACGGCCACGUAGAGCUAAUGGAAGUAAACCGUUCAGCUCUAUCGUCAGCAUUCGCGCGUACACUAAGCCUCCUAUACCGCUCUCUGCGAAAUCCGCACAGCCCCGAUGAUUCCGGAGGAGGCGCGUGGACUGCGCGUGUCAUGAAGGUACUGCCGAUGGGUUUCUACAUAUCAACAUGCGUAAAGGGGUUAAAAUACUGCUUGAAGAGCGUGUUACAAAGUGUGGAGAAGGGUACAUGGCAGUUGGAGAGAAGGCCGCAACUGGUGUAUGAAGGAGUAGUGGAUGAUUUGGUAGCGGAGAAGUUUGCGCAAGAAUUGCUUUGGAUAACUGAGAGAUUAAGAGCUUAUGGUGCUGUUGAUGAAGCUAUGGUCCAAUGGAGUUCGGCUACUGGUCUUAAUUCUCUUUCUUUUUCUGCUAACCCUCGCGUCCAAGGUUUCAUUGUCAAGAUUUCAGCAAUAUUACUCGGAGAUCUAUCGAGCCACAAGAUCGAAGUAUCGGGAAAUGUGAAGUUCGGAUUACUAGCGUUGUGGGUUCCAUUGUUUUGCCAUGCGAACAACGGACUGUCAUACCCUUUCUUGACGAGCUAUGAGAAGAUGCAAGUAGAGAGAGCAAUGGAUGAAGUGAUAUCAACAUUAGCUGCAACAGAGCAAGAGGUUAUACUUACUAAUUGGCUCCAAGAUUUCUCUGUGUGCGCUUCAGAUUGGCCUAAUCUCCAACAAUCUUAUGAUAGAUGGUGCACUUAUACCCGUGAGCUUGCUGCAUGAGUUUAAAGUUUCUAUAGGAAUGAAUAAACAUCUUGUCUACUUUUGUUUAUGUUUGCUUUUAUCUCAUUUGCUAUUUGUAUAAAGAUUCAUUAUCUUUGGUUAAAUUAGCUCUUUGAUUAGUAUGUUAAGGGAAAGAUG